AUGGACGUUCGACAACGCAAGACACCCAACAAAGUAUCAGUGGCAUAUGGCGAGCCCGAUUCUCUCAUCAAGAAACCCGCCAACGGAUUAUCGAUCUUCAGCAACUUGACAUCGAGACGGAAUGCAAUCUACAUUUUGCCCGUGGUUCUCUUUGUCUACGUCUUUGGUCCCUUUUUGCCACAUGCCCCCAAGGCGAUCUAUGUCUACGUAUCCUCUGGCUUUGCCUUUGACAUGUUUGUGGGACCUGGCAUUCGAAGUCUUGUGGACGACAUGGUGGUCGAUGAUCAACGAAUCUUCAACACGGACUUUUCUACCGACCUGCCCGCCAAAAGGGAGAUUUUCUUGAAGGAAUUCUUGCAUUACAGUGACACACACCCUCUUCCUAUAAUAUCCGCACUUGAUCCAGAAGAAGAAGGACAUUUGGAUCCCGCUGGUGUUUGGAAGACGCUAUUUGUGCGCAGUGGGGGUCAUGAUACCUGUGCCGCCAAGUACUUUCCUGAGACGAUCAAGGCUGUGGAACAAACUCAAUUCAAGAUCCUCUCCAUCAUGUUCUCCCGGUUGGCACCUGGACAAGUGAUUCCACCCCAUACCGGCUACACCAAACUUAUUCAGCUAUAUCAUCUUGGACUCAGGGUUCCGCAAAAAGAACCCAAGCCCUUUAUGGAUGCCUGGGCAUGCGAUGGAUGCCCUAAAGAAACCAUUGUCUGGGAAGAAGGCAAAGAAUUCGUGUUUGACGACUACUUUGUACAUGCAGCAACCAACCCCAACGAGGAAGAACGUAUCAUCCUCUUCCUUCACCUUCAGAGAAUUGAUCUCAAGGGAUGGCGCCAGGAAUUGUUGAGCGGUAUCUUCCACUGGAUCUUUGCCCACAUUCCGUUUGCGCCGGCUCUGUCGCUUGUCGAGGGAACAGAAAAGUCUUGCAACACAUUGCUAAUGGGGAAGUAA